AUUACAGCAACUGAGAAGCACUUCAUGAGCUUUCUUCUGCACUUGAAACUGCACAACAGAUUUUCUGCUAACAUGGGUUCUAUGGAGGAUGUAAAUAACCAGAAUGUGGUUGCCCGAAUUGUUCACCUUCCCCUGGUUGUUUCCACCUAUGACAUGAUGUCGAACGUGUACGUCAACACCAAGAACAACCACCCAUACCUGAAGUCUGUGUGCGAGGUUGCUGAGAAUGGUGUCAAAUCCAUAACCUCAGCUGCCUUUCACAGCGCUUUACCAAUCAUUGGCAAACUGGAGCCUCAGAUCUCUAUGGCAAAUGACCUGGCGUGCAAAGGACUUGAUAAGAUAGAAAAGACUCUGCCGAUCCUACACAAGCCAUCUGAACAGAUUAUGGCCAAUGCUAAAGAUGCAGUGACAGGAGCCAAGGAGGCUGUCAGCGGGACUGUGAGCGGUGCCAAGGAGUCUGUCUCCAUCACCCUAAAUGAUGUGAUGGACCGAACACGUGGGGCAGUACAGGGCAGCGUGGAGAAGACCAAGACUGUGGUCAGCGGUGGAGUCCAGACAGUGAUGGACAGCAGGAUGCUCAAACUGGUGUCCAGUAGAGUGGACAAUGCACUGAGCACAUCUGAGACGCUGCUGGAGCACUACUUGCCUGAAAAUGAGGAGGAAAAAGAAGGUGAAGAGAGGAAUACUGAAGGAUUGGAAAAUGACAGCGAUUUGGCCAAUUAUUAUGUCCGACUGGGCUCUCUGUCCAUUAAAGUCAGAGACAGGACUUAUCAGAGAGCCGUGGAGAAAGUUCGUCAUGCCGUGCAGCGCGGACAGGAGUCCAUUUCACAGCUUAACCUCACCAUGGAUAUAAUCGAAUUUACCAGGAAGAAUAUUGAUGGGUCUAACCAGAAGCUGCAGGAGAAACUGGGUUCACUAAUGGGCUGGAAGAGCGUUUCUCAAAGCCAAGAAACAGAGAGCGAAACAGACAGUGAAGCUGAGCAAAUUGAGUCGCGCACACUGACCAUCGCCCACAGCCUCAGCCAGCAGCUUCAGAGCACAUGCGUGGUGCUGGUGUCCAGUCUCAGGGGUCUCCCUCAGCACGUCCAGCUCCAGGUGGGCUCUGUCAGCCGCUCCGCAUUGGAGAUCUACAGCAGCUUCAGUAAAGCGGCCGUGCUGGGGGAUCUGUCCAGCACCGUCCUGUCCUCCAGCCGCUCACAGCUCAGCAGAAUCACAGAGUCCAUGGACAACGUGAUGGACUACCUGCUCAACAACACUCCUCUCAACUGGCUGGUCGGACCGUUUUACCCACGUGUGGAGCGCGCCGUUGAAAACGAGGCCAAAUGUAGCAAACAGAGGACCCUUCAAGUCACUGAAUGAAGCUUAAUCGAAUAUUAAAAUCCUGUCAUUAUUGA